GCGACGCGCUGGUGUCUGCUUCCUUCCCUACGUGCACAGCUAUAUAAUAUCACAAAGGUUUAACGCCGGCCGGAAGAUUAAGUCCAAGAAAGAUCUUAUAGCGAGCCAUGGCGCACAGAUACAAGGAAGAAAGUGAGCCACUUCUAUCUACUCCCAGUACUCUUUGUAGUUCCUACGAGAGCGCCACACCUAGGUCACCACCACAGUUUGUUAAAAAUUUAGCCACGGCGUUACCAGAAGGGAAAACACACCACCUGUUCUUCUCUCACAGUUCUGACGACCAGCAAUAGGUUCAGGAGUGGGUCGAGCGACUGGAACAAGACUAUGGGAUCAAGUGUCUGUGGCCUCCGAGAGAUUUCACUCCUGGGAAGCCGAUUGCUUCUCUUAUUGAAGAUGGAAUGUCACGUGCUAUGAGAAUAGUUAUGGUUUUGUCGCCAGAGUACAUCGACAGUGGCUGGUGUUCCUACGAAAGACACCUGGCGUUUGUUUUGUCUGUCCAAGAGAGACGGAACGGCAUCAUUCCAGUGAUGCUGAAACCCUGCCCCGUACCAGACGUGCUGAGAACCGUCAACUACAUCGACGUCACCAAGGGAGAGAAUGCUGUUUGCAAGAUUAAAGACGCACUGUACCAAAAAUGUGAACUUAAGGACAUUCUGCCAAACGUCGGUCUUCAGUAUCACCAGCAAGAUAAAAAUGGAAUGAAAACCUUUGUGUCUGCUGAAAAAGAAAACACUUCUUCAGUGCGAGGGACAGCCUGGUACUUUAAAAGUUUAUCGACGUAUCAAGACCAGCUGUUAAGGAAAAUGGGAUCAAAGAUUUCAAGAGACUGGCACGAUCUUACAGUGACGAAGUUAAACUCUUUGUUUUAUAUGAGGAUCUUUGGACUGGUGAAACGCACUGCUACUCUCUAUUGGUUCAGUUUGCUCGUCUUUUUCGGGUUGUAUUCCUUCAGCGUGUUAGCGGGUUGUUUAAUGUUGAUGAUUCAUGUGUACGACACAGACUGGCUGGUUCUCAUCAUCAUUCCCAUAGGAUCGACGUUUGCAGUUUUCAUGAUUGUAUACAUCCCAAUGAACAUGCUGAUUCGGAGACAAAUCAAGCAACUGGGGAUCAAAAAAGCACGGCAAAUCGCGAAAGCAGUAUCUCUGGAGUGGUUGCAGAAGACGAAACUUUUACUUUACUUCAACCAAGAAUCAGUUCCUACUCUGCAGUUCAUGUUCUACGACACGGAUCUCUGCCAGCUUUAUCUAAGAGACUGUUUUCUCAGAAUGUACAAUGCUAGUGCAGAGAAUUCCGAAAAAGAGGCUCUUGCCAGACGUGUGGCAGACCACCACAUAAGACUGUUUGUAAGCAACAACUACGACCGAAUUUUACAGUGGAAGGACUUGGACGAAUCGAUUCAUGAACGUCAUGCCACCGUGAUGAGGAAAAAAUGUCUGUGUGAGAUGAUAGAAGAAGAUUUGUGGCCAGAACAGAUGAUAUGAUUAUAGAGCUGGAUUUGACAAACGAGAUGCUAGGAUGCGGCAGCUAUUGUGUUUGAAGUUGUGCAUUCGUCAGUAUUAACACAGUGUAGAUGUCCUUGUGUUGUUUUACCGGAAUGUUAAAUGAAUAACAGAAGUCACAAGUUAGCUUGUAGGUUGUAUUUUCUUUUCCAACAUAAAACGUAGUAAUACAGAUACUAUAGGUCUCAGCUCUCGGGUGAAUGAUACACAGGUCUUCUGAUAGAGCUGACAUUGCGACUGAGAACCUCAAGCGUAUGAACAGCAGAGCUGUCCUCAUUGGGUCUCUCUUUUGUGUAUAGAAAAUAUUUAUAAGAUACAUAUUUAGCAGAAUGUGUAUAUAGUUGUGUUUUUUUUAUACAAACAACAAAGUUAGGUUUUAACAUUUUAACAUUUUAUUGUCAUAAAAUAAUAUAAACAUAACAAACACCAAAAUUAGGUUUUUAACACUUUUAUUGUCAUAAAAUAUUGUGAACUAAAUCUAAAUACGAGCCUAAAUGUAAUUUCAACUCAGUAUCGAAGCUUUAUGUUUUAACUUGUUUACUCUUUUGUUUCUUCCCAGUCUGGCUAUGAUAGCGUGUCUUUCUAUUGUUUCUGCAGUACUGAGAUAGAAGCUGAUAGUGUCUCAAGCUACAGGUGUCUUUCUUCUUACUGGUUGUUCCAGCUUGGCUUUUGAUAAAAGAGUCUUUAUUUUAUUUCAAACACCCAAACUGUUUCAUUCUGCUGCUGUUUGUGAUACGAGUCAUUGGUGAUCUUGAGUGGUUUUUUUUAAAGUUAUUGCACAGUGUUUGCACAGUUUUGCACCAGGCUAACGUUUCUCCCAAAGAUAACGUAUGGACUCUAUAUAUUAGGUUGUAUGUAUCUAUUACUGUUUGUUUUUAAAACAUUUAUUCUCAGACCCCUGUUUACAUUUGUUAUCUGUCCCAACCACAGGGAUGAAGUGACAGAGUUACAAUACAAAAUUAAACAUUAUCAUUUAGGUAUACAGAUUGAAAUUUUCAUUCAGUAUUUACAAUUGUUAUUAUCACGAGGUUAUACAUGUAUGUUUAAAUAUUAAUGAUACAGAUAGAAAAAAGAUUUUAUAUUAUUUAGCCCAAGUUCUCAUAGUUUGUAAUUUUGGAUAUGACAUGUAAAUUAAUUUUAAAAAAAUUGACUAUACAAAUUGGGUUCUGCGAGAUAUGUUCUAUUAUAUUGUAUCUACUUAUACACUCAUCCCCACCUAAACCCACCAUCCCUCCUCCCCCCACCAUCCCACCAAUAAACAAACUUCAAAUAUACACAUAUAAUUACGCAUACGUAUACGCAUACGCAUACGCAUACGCACACCGACACGCACACAAGUGAUUCAUGAGGUGCAGACAUCAUAAGACUUCACAAAUGAAGUAUUAUUAUUAUAUAAAACAUAUGAAUUAUUUGACUAUGACUGGUAUGGCUGUCUGUCGUAAAAUAUUAAUAUACAUGUAUAUAACACCAAAGUAAAUAAUAAUUACAAACUGCAUAAUUUGUUCAGCACUAAUUGUAUUAUGUAUUAUGAUACAUAGCCCAUUUAGUUUGAAAUUUGUUGUGUAAACUUUUACUGUGAUAAAUACUUCUUUCUGUUGGAUAUCUAGAUUUCAGAAUAUGUUUAAAAUGUUUCAUACUUGGUAAGAUAUCUGUUACUUUAAAUUUAUAGAUAAAGAAUUUAGCAAGUAAUAGAAACAGAUCACAAAUUUUGUCAAUUGUUGUAAUAUUAUUUUCUCCUAGUAGAAUUAAUUUGGCAUCAAGAGAUAAAUAUUGAAUAUAAGGACAUUUAUCAAAUAAGAAUUGUAAAAAAGAAUUCCAAAAGGUUUUGACUGGUAAGCAGUCCCAGAAAAAAGUGCUUUUACAAAAUGUACAAAGAUUAGUUUCAGCUUUGUGAUUUUUUUAGUUGUAAUAAUUCUAUGCAAUAAUCUGCAAUGGAACCACCUUAACUUAGUAUUUUGGGUUGUCUUAAAAGGUUUGGAAUAUAUUGUUGCCCAGCCGAUUUCAGAAUUAAAGAGUUCUUCCCA